AUGUUGAAAGCAGGCUUACUGCCAUCACCGGUAAUUAAUGCAUUAUCGUCGAAUUUAGGUUCAUCAAAAAAUAAAAUUGAUACACAAACUUUUGUCGAAGCAAAAUCAGAUACUCCGAGUGUAAGAAUUUACUUUACUGUCGAUGGUACGAAACCUAGUCCAUUUCAACCAUUCAAAACUGGUGUUGUUUCAACAUAUCUAUAUCGUGGAGCAUUUCGUCUUGGACCCGGACGACGUGUUGUCAAAGCAGUUGCUGUUACAACUGAUGGAUUACGUGAAAGUCAUGUAACAACAAAAUAUUUCGAUGUCAAUGAUAUGUAUUCGGAGAGUUAUGUAGAACAGCCAGAUGAAAAUAUUUAUGUUGAACACUCCUUUGUUGAAAUGGAUAGAAGUCCAGAACGAACUCCACCACCGAAAAAGCAGAAAAAACCACGUACACAUACUGUUCAUCAUCGAUCUAGUUCAGCUAGUCAACCAAAAAAUGAUUCUGGACGAACACCAUGGGAUGAUAGUGUUAAUGUUGAAGGUAGUAUUGAAGGUCCAAUUUCAGCUGUUAAUUAUGCUGGUACACAAAUCAAUAUUUGGGGUACGCCUGGAGGAAAUUUGACUGAAGGAUUAAUGAGUAUUGGUGAUCCGAAUAGAAAUCCGAAUUAUGGAUAUAUGACUGAACAAAUGCUUCAACGUUUACAACCAGCGAGAAAUCUACCGGUUGCUCCACCAGAACCACCUCGAAUUACUGAUGUUACUCACGAAGAAAAUUUCUGGGAUCGAAAAACAAAACCAUAUAGUCCAGCCAAUGGAGAUCUGGAGAAAACACUUGAACAUAUAAUUUUAAAUACUUAUAACUACCUUACAGAUGAUGAGGAAUUAGCGGGACUUUUUGCUUGGAAGAAAUUUGGACAAAUUGAAUCAGCUCGUCUUAUUGAAAACGCUGGUAAUUAUCAAAUAGUGACUACACUCAGAAAACAUCCUGACGAUCGAACAAUUCCUAAAGACCCUACACCUGUUCCUAAACCACCUAAACGUAUACGAACACCGCCUCCACGAGAACGUAUACCGAUUCCAACGCGAAAACCAGAAACACCGCCACCAUCACCACCACCACCAUCACCUACCCGUCCAGGCAUAUCAACCCAUGAAGACCAACAUGAGCCUCGCUUCUAUACAGAAGAAUCUGUGCAACAAGGAACACUUGUACCAUUCGCUGAAUUUAAUGUUGAACGAGAUUGUGAUAAUCUACAAAAAGCCAUGAAAGGUCUUGGAACAGAUGAAAACAUGCUCAUUCAUAUUCUUGGCAAUCGAAGUAAUGAUCAACGUUUGCAAAUCCGUGAUAAAUAUAAAACCAUGUUUGGUCAAGAUUUGAUUAAGGAUAUAAAAGGUGAUACAUCAGGAAAUUUUAAUAAAAUAUUAACAAAUCUCUUGUACUCACCGGUCGAAUAUGAUUGUCAUGAAUUACGACGAGCUGUUAAAGGAAUUGGUACCGAUGAAGAAGCAUUGAUUGAAAUUUUAGCAAGUCGUUCAAAUAAACGUUUAAAAGCCAUUAAUGAAAAUUAUCAAACACUAUUUAAUCGAGCGCUCGAAAAAGAUAUCGUCGGAGAUACAAGUGGAUAUUUGAAAAAAUUAUUAGUUGCAUUAUCGCAAGGCAAACGGCCAGAAUCGAAUGAUGUUAAUCAAGACGAAGCAGAAAAUGACGCUAAAACUUUAUUUGAAGCCGGCGAGAAAAAAUGGGGAACAGAUGAAUCGAAAUUUUUAGAAAUUCUUUGCAAUCGAAGUAAUGCACACCUCAAAGGAGUAUUUGAAGCUUAUCGUCAAUUCAGUAAAAAAGAUAUCGAAGAUGCUAUUAAAUCUGAAACAAGUGGAAACAUACGUAAAGGCUUAUUAGCCAUUGUUCGAGUUAUGCGUAAUCGACCAGGUUAUUUUGCUUACCAACUCAAGAAAGCAUUAAAGGGCAUAGGAACUGAUGAAGAUGAACUAAAUCGUGUCGUUAUAUCACGCUGUGAAGUUGACAUGGUUCAAAUAAAAGAAGAAUAUGAAACUUUAAUGAAACGUACAUUAGAAAAGCAUGUUGAAAGUGAUACAAGUGGUGAUUAUCGGAAAAUUCUUCUUGAACUAUUGAAAGAUCCAACUAAACGAACUGAAAAGGCUGGCAAUGAAAAAUAUGAAAACGUCGAAUUACCUGGAUAUAAACAACCGGAGAUUUACAAGGAAGAUAUUAUUCAACAAGGAACAAUGAAGGCAGCUCCAAAUUUUGAUGCCGGGCGAGAUGCAGAUGCUUUACGAAAAGCUAUGAAAGGUUUUGGUACGGACGAAAAAACUUUAAUUGCUAUAUUAGGCAAUCGAAAUACUGCACAACGAUUAGAAAUUAAAGCUACGUUUAAAAGUAAAUUGGGCCGGGAUCUGGUUAAUGAUCUUAAAUCUGAAACAUCUGGUAAUUUUUCAAAAUUACUCGAACAUCUAAUGAUGGAUCCUGUUGAACUUGAUUGCUUUGAAUUGAAACAAGCUGUAAAAGGUUUAGGUACAGACGAUGAAACAUUAAUUGAAAUCUUAGCAAGUCGUAGUAAUGAUCGACUAAAAGCAAUUGGUGAAACAUACGUAAAGAUGUAUUCAAAAGCAUUAGAAAAAGAUGUUAAAUCUGACACCAGUGGGGAGUUUCGUCAUUUACUUGUCUCACUAUUACAAGGACGACGACCAGAAACAGUCGAAGGUAAUGUUGCAGAAGCUCAACAAGAUGCACAAGCGUUUAUUGAUGCAGGAGAAGCAAAAUUCGGAACAGACGAAUCAAAAUUUAAUGUCCUGUUUUGUGCUCGUAGUGAUGCACAAAUGCGCGCAAUUUUUAAUGAAUAUGCUAAACUGACUGGCAAAUCUAUUGAGGAAACGGUGAAGAGUGAAACAAGUGGUGAUAUUCAAAAGGGUAUAUUAGCUAUUAUUCGAUGUGUACGAAGUCGUCCACAUUUUUUUGCUGAACAAAUGCGGAAAUCUAUGAAGGGACUCGGUACUAAAGAAUCAACAUUGAAUCGCAUAGUAAUAACACGAUCGGAAAUUGAUCUUGUUCAAAUAAAGGAAGCCUAUAAUCGUCUAUUCAAUCGUGAAUUGGAACGUGAUGUUAGUUCAGAAACAAGCGGCGAGUAUAAAGCCCUGCUUUUGGCAUUAUUGAAAGAUCCAUCUCUACGUAGUGGAUGA